AUGCACACCCAGUCUGUGCCCUUGUGGAGUACCCAAGAACCUGAACCUAAGGAGCUUAGACCUGGGAAAUGCACAAAACGCUGGGCCCACUUCAGACAGAACCCCUGCAGAGAAACCUGGAACCUGAGCAGUGUAGACCUGGAAAGCAAAUGCCGCCAUGAGCUGGGGCAAACCCAGUAUGGACCAUAUACUCCCUUCGCCAGGAGACUGUUGCAGUCGGCCAGCCCCUGCUCCUUGGUAACUGUGUAUGACCGAAAGGCCGUGAUCAAGAAUGCUGAUAUGUCGGAGGAGAUGCAACAGGACUCGGUAGAGUGUGCUACUCAGGCAUUGGAGAAAUAUAAUAUAGAGAAGGACAUUGCGGCCCAUAUCAAGGAGUUUGACAAGAAGUACAACCCCACCUGGCACUGCACCAUGGGGAGGAACUUCAGUAGUUAUGUGACACAUGAAUCCAAACACUUCAUCUACUUCUACUUGGACCAACUGGCCAUUCUCCUGUUCAAAUCUGGUUAA